UGCCUAUUUUUGUUGUGAACGUAGUUUUUGUUAAUUUUUUAAUUUAAUUUGGAUAAGCUGUGCGUGUGUGGUUAGAAAGGAAUCUAAAAGCUAGACGAGAGGGCCCAUUUAAGUCAAGUGCAGCAUGCACCAGUCUACAUAAGACGACACCGACCAUACCACUCACAGGCACGGGGAAUACGUCGCGAAUACGUAUUAUAAUAGAAUUUACAUAGAAAUGACCAUGGGUGAGCAGCGUGAGCCAACUUCGUCUCUCGUACUGCCCGUUAUUUUGCGGCCUAUUUUCACACAGCUAGAGCGACGCGACGUUGGCGCUGCACAAUCGCUGCGCUCGGCCAUACUGAAAUCGGAGCAAAACAAUCCGGGCUUCUGCUAUGACCUCGUUGCGACGAUUGUGCGACGUGCCGAUCUAAAUGUCAACCUAAAUGAGGCCGUCUUGCGUUUGCAGGGCAACAUUACGGAAGCAGAUCUUAACGAAUAUCGUUUGACCCGCACUGAAGAGCCGUUCCAGGAGCUUAAUCGCAAAUCAGUUGCUCUUAAGGUGAUUCUUAGUCGCAUACCCGACGAGAUCAAUGAUCGCAAAACCUUCCUCGAGACUAUAAAGGAAAUUGCCAGCGCCAUAAAGAAACUGCUCGAUGUGGUCAACGAGAUUGGUUCAUUCAUACCGGGCGUCACUGGCAAACAGGCUGUGGAGCAGCGCAAAAAGGAGUUUGUCAAAUAUUCCAAGAAAUUCAGCACAACGCUGAAGGAAUAUUUUAAGGAAGGACAACCGAAUGCAGUAUUCAUAAGUGCACUUUUUCUAAUACGGCAAACGAAUCAAAUAAUGCUGACAGUUAAGAGUAAAUGCGAGUAGAAAAUUAAAUGUUUUAAUUAUUAUGGCAAAA